UGCAUUUGCUCGAUAGACAGAAGCGAAACGUGUCGGAAACACGAGUGGACGCUCGCCGAAAAUACGCUUUUUGUAUCUUGGAUAUUUUUAAGCAAGCAUACAUUUGUGAAUGAUAUUUUAUUAAUAAGGUCAUUCGUCGAUUUGUUGUGGUUCGUGAAAAAUGAAAACAAUUUCAAGCGUCCAGAGUUGCAGCGUUUUACAAAGUGCAGGUUAGAAUCGUUCAACUUCUUUCGGGAAACAUAUAUAUAUAUAAAUAUAUAUAUGUUCGAGGAUAUGGAUAUCGAUAACCAAAGCGAGGACGGAGAAAUCAAGAAGAGCCCGUCGAAGGAUAUGGGUGAUUACAGUUUUUCAGAAGAAGAAGGGGGUGAUACUGCUGACUCAUUGGACAUUAAGCCACCGCAGGCAGUUGUUCGCCAUCACAAAUCAAGUUCAUCUCGUCGAAGGGAGAAACACAGCGAUAGAAGGAGUCGUAGGGAUGAGAAAGAGCGCAAAUCGCGUCAGCACGAACGCGAGGACAGACACAGGGACAAACACAGGCAUCGUAGGCAUGUUGGAGAGCCUAUGGAGAGAUCUGAACGAAUGGAGACUUCUAAGAGGAAUCGCGAGAGAAUGGAUCGUUUAGACAGGAUGGAGACUCAUUCUAGGGAUAGAGAAUCGUCUAGGCAUGAUCGUAAGGAUAGAAGUACAGGAGAUCGUGUUUUAGAAGACUUAAGGGAAAGGUUGUUAGAUAAGAGGAGAGAAAGACGGGAGGAUCCGCGCGAUGCUCGAGACUACAAAAUAGAAUCGUCUCGUCGCGAAAUGCGAUUAGAGGAUACGCGAGAAAUUCGCGAAUCGCGCGAUCGUCGAGACAUACGAAUGGAGGAGAUUCGGGAACGUCGGGACAUGCGUAUCGUGGACGACGGUAGAGAACGUCGUGAGAUUCGAAUGGAAGAUCAGAGGCACAUACGAGUGAUUGUAGACGAACAGUUUUCUGAAAAUGAACUGAUGGAACGACCCGAGAGGAGUGAAAAGCGUCGGAAGAGAUCGCACAAGCACGAGAGAAUUCGCGAAAGAGAUCAAGAGAAAAUGGAACGGGAAAAGGAACAUAGAGAAAAGCAGCUGCGAGAAACUAUGGAACUUGUAGCUGAUGAAGUUAAUGAAAUGGAAAUACAAAAUGAGAUUCCGAUACAGAUUAAGGAUCCAAAAGAGAUGACGGAGCAAGAACUUAGAAAGGAAAGAUUGUUGGAAGCUGAUAGAGAAAUGGCCAGAAGAAAAGAAGUUUCUAGAUUGGAAUUAGAAGCAAGAAGGAUGAAGAGAGGUGAAAAACGUCCCUUAAGUCCAGAUAACAAUCCAGAUCCUUCUAUUGUAGAGCUGUCAGAUGAAAGUCCAAGCCCUGCUCAUUCUGAUGGUAUGCGUUCGAAAUCAGCCGAAUCUAGACACUCAUCGGAAGGAGAGAGAAGCUUGCGUGAUAGAUCCUUGGAUCGACAUUCGUCCGACAGCUCGGAAUCGAGCAGCGAUGAUGAUGAUGAAUCUAACGAAUCAAAUAAAGGUUCUGGUAAUGAUUCCAAUGAUGGUUCGGAUUACAACAAUCCGAGUCCUCUAUCCGUUGAGCGAUUAGCCAAAUCCGAUCAUUCGGACGGAGAUUCCCCUGGUCACGUCGAUUCGAACAUUCCUGUGAAAAAUGUGGAAGAAGAGGAAAAGAAAGAAGAGGAACCAGAGCUACCGCAUUAUUUACCAGCCAUUCAAGGUUGUAGAAGCGUUGAAGAAUUUCAAUGUUUAAAUCGAAUUGAAGAAGGUACAUACGGAGUCGUAUAUAGAGCACGUGAUAAGCGCACAGAGGAAAUAGUCGCGUUGAAACGAUUGAAAAUGGAAAAAGAAAAAGAAGGGUUCCCAAUUACAAGCCUGAGAGAGAUUAACACUUUAUUGAAGGCGCAACAUCCUAAUAUUGUUACUGUUCGGGAAAUUGUUGUUGGUAGCAAUAUGGAUAAGAUCUUCAUCGUUAUGGAUUAUGUGGAGCAUGAUUUAAAAUCUCUCAUGGAAACUAUGACAAAAAAGCAAGUUUUUAUACCUGGAGAAGUUAAAUGUCUUAUGCAGCAGUUGUUACGCGCAGUUGCCCAUCUACACGAUAAUUGGAUAUUACAUCGUGAUUUAAAGACAUCCAAUUUAUUAUUGAGUCACAGAGGCAUUUUGAAAGUUGGGGAUUUUGGUUUAGCUCGGGAAUACGGUUCUCCGUUAAGGCAAUAUACUCCAAUUGUUGUAACGCUUUGGUACAGAGCUCCUGAAUUAUUACUAAGUGAUAAGGAAUAUAGUACGCCUGUGGAUAUGUGGUCUGUAGGAUGUAUUUUCGCCGAGCUUCUAAGAAUGGAACCACUGUUUCCCGGAAAAUCAGAUAUAGAUCAAUUGAAUAAGAUAUUUAAGGAGCUGGGUACACCGACUGAAAGAAAUUGGCCGGGAUAUGUUAAAUUACCUAUGGUUCAAAAGAUACCGUUCUCGCAUUAUCCUGUAAAUAACCUGAGACAAAGAUUCAGUUUAUCAUUGUCUGAUUUAGGUGUUGAGUUGCUGAAUAAAUUUUUGACGUAUGACCCUCGUCAACGUGUAACCGCCGAAGACGCUGUGAAUCAUGGAUAUUUCACUGAAGCACCUUUACCCAUCGAUCCGCAAAUGUUUCCUACAUGGCCCGCAAAAUCGGAACAGGGAACCAGAACUACGAACGCGUCCCCGAAGCCGCCAAGUGGUGGCAGAGAAUAUAAACAAUUAGGCGACGGUGACGAGGCCGAUUUAAGCAACUCUGGUUUCCACAUGGGUUUAAUAGAGGGUGGCAGAGCGCCGCCCGUCGGUGGUGGUUUUCAUUUAAAAUUCUAAUUGUAAGACAAUUUUUUUUUACAUGCUAUGUAA